AUGAAGAUGAAAUGGCCUGUCGAGAAGACUGAUAGCCAGUUUCAUAUAAUCAAAGUUGCUGCAACUGUGAUGAUCCUGCUCCUUCUUACCUCCAGAGCAACAUCCACGUCCUCCACUGAUGCAAACACUCUGUCAGCAUGGGGUUGCGUUGCAGAAGAGCGGGAGGCGCUCCUUUCCUUCAAGGAAAGCCUCCUGGAUCGUACUGGCCGGCUCUCCUCGUGGCGAGGCCAAGACUGCUGCCGGUGGAAGGGGGUCCGGUGCGACGGUAGUACCGGACACGUCGUCAAGCUCGACCUCCGCAACACCGCCAGCAAUCUCUGGAGUGCCAAUUUGAUGCUAUCGAGAGGUGAGAUGAGCUCCUCCAUAACUCGUUUGCAGUAUCUAAAGUACCUAGAUCUGAGCUACAAUUACUUCAACCGGACACCCAUACCGAUGUUCAUCGGUGCUCUCAGCAACUUACAGUACCUCAACCUAUCAUUUGCAAAAUUUGCUGGGAGAAUACCUUCGCACAUCGGUAACCUCUCCAAGCUGCAGUAUCUGGUUGUCAGUGAUGAUAGCGGUGGUCUCACAACAUCAGAUCUUUCAUGGUUGCAUCGGCUCUUUCUCCUCCGGCAUCUUGAUGUGAGCGGCGUGUUUGUCAGAUCAGCUAGGGAUUGGAUCAGCCAAGUGAAUACGCUGCCUAAUCUUAAGGUCCUUCGGUUGUCUAAUUGCGGGCUUAACAGUACCGUCUCUACUCUAUCCCCUUCCAACCUCACACAUCUGGAGGUGCUUGACUUGUCAGGUAAUGAAUUUGGCACUUCACUCCAACACAAUUGGUUUUGGGACCUGACUAGCCUCAAGAAGCUUCAGCUCGACGGGUGUGGGUGGAGAGGGCAUAUUCCGGAUGCGCUAGGAAACAUGUCGUCCCUUGACGUCCUUGAUUUAGGUGCUAACUAUGAACUAGUUGGCCACAUGCCGGAAAACUUGGAAAACCUAUGCAAUUUACAGGUGCUGAAUUUGGACUGGGUAAACAUCAACGGGGACCUAACAGAAUUCAUGGAGAGAUUACCGAAGUGUUCGUGGAACAAGUUGCGUGAACUUUACCUGUUAACAUCAAAUUUGACUGGUGAGCUGCCAGACUGGAUAGGAAAUCUCACCAGUCUCAGUCAUCUCGACCUCUACCAGAAAAUGCUAGUUGGCUCUGUGCCUGCUGGGAUUGGAGCACUCGGCUGUCUCGCUUAUGUGGACUUCGGCUUGAGCAAGCUCAGUGGUGUGCUAUCUGCACAACAUUUUGCAAGCCUAGUGAACUUAGAAUAUAUUGACCUUUCACACAACUCUCUGAAAUUUGAUCUAAAUGGCAGCUGGGUUCCACCAUUUAGAUUGCAUUCAGGAUACUUCAGAUCAUGUACCUUGGGUCCUCACUUCCCGGCAUGGCUGAGAUGGCAAGCUGGCAUAACCGUGCUUGAUAUUUCGAACACAAGCAUAAGUGAUGUCUUGCCUCACUGGUUCUGGACUGUUUCUUCUCACGCCGAAAGACUGGACCUAUCGAGGAAUCAACUGAGUGGGGAUCUUCCAACAAAGGUGGAUCUAUUAUCAGUUCAAGCAAUGGAUCUCUCAAAAAAUUCCUUGUCAGGGAAUCUCCCAGCGAAUCUCACUGCUCCGCUGCUCCGUUGGUUACGUCUUUCCAACAAUCAUAUCAACGACUUGAAGAAUAACAAGUUGUCUGGUAAAUUCCCAGGAUUCCUCCAAAAUGCCGUAGGGUUAACUUUUCUUGACCUUUCGGGCAACAUAUUCUCUGGCAAUUUGCCAGCAUGGAUAGGUGGGAAAAUGCCAAGCCUAGAAGUGUUGGUUCUGCGAUCAAACAUGUUUCGUGGUCACCUUCCUAAGCAGUUCACUAGUCUGUUCAGCCUUCAUUAUUUGGAUGUGGCACAUAACAACAUAUCAGGAAUGAUACCUUCCUCUCUUGCAAGAUUGAAAGCUAUGACAGAUCAGGCGCGUCAGUAUACCUUUGACUACACAAAUCCGAUGGUGUUGAUGGACUUGUCAUAUAACAGUUUAACUGGGCAUAUUCCUGUAGACUUAUCUCUGCUAAAGGGACUUCAGACGUUGAGUCUCUCCAGCAACCAGCUAGAUGGAGCAAUCCUGGACAAUAUUGGCACUUUAAGGAAACUGGAAUCUCUAGACCUAUCUUACAACUAUCUGUCUGGCGAAAUCCCCUCAAGUCUAUCUGACCUCACUUUCUUGAGCUGGCUAAACUUGUCCUACAAUGAUCUAUCAGGAAGAAUCCCCUCAGGGAGACAGCUACAAACGCUCAAUGAUCAAUACGGACUAUAUAUGUAUAUCGGAAACUAUGGACUCUGCGGGCUUCCUUUUCCCAACAAAUGUUCAAACGGAACAAGUCCAAGUGCCCAUGACGAUGAACAUGAAGAUGGUGCGACAGAUGAUAUAAAAAAUUUGUUCCGUGGCAUAAGCACAGGAUAUGCAAUGGGCAUGUGGACAGUGUACUGCAUCCUUUUAUUCAGCAAGACAUGCAGGGCUGCGUACAUUCGGCUUUUUGACAGGUUGUAUGACAAGGGCUAUGUGCAAAUAGCAAUUUUCAAGGCCCGCGUGGUAAGAAACUUCAGAGAGGAGGCACCGUGA